GGCACCGGGACCGGAGCGGCGGCACCACCGGCAGCGGCAGCGGCGGGAGCGGAGCGCGGCUCUGCGCGGGGAGCAUGGAGAUGGAGAAGCGCUUGACGCUGGAGCUGCGCAACAAGAAGCCGGGCGAGGUGAAGGAGCUGGUCUUGGAUAACUGUCGCUCGGAGGAUGGGAAGGUGGUUGGUCUCUCCUCGGACUUUGAGAACCUGGAGUUCCUCAGCAUGAUUAACAUCAACCUGCUGUCUGUGUCCAACCUCCCCAAACUCAACAAGCUCCGGAAGCUGGAGCUGAGUGAUAACAGGAUUUCUGGUGGCCUUGAAGUUCUAGCAGAGAAAACUCCCAACCUGACACACUUGAAUCUCAGUGGCAACAAGAUCAAAGACAUCAAUACCCUGGAGCCCUUGAAAAAGCUGCCCAACCUCCACAGUCUGGACCUCUUCAACUGCGAGGUGACGAUGCUCAUCAACUACCGGGAGAGCGUGUUCGCCCUCCUGCCCCAGCUCACCUACCUGGAUGGCUUUGAUGCUGACGAGCAGGAAGCCCCUGACUCAGACCCUGAAGCAGAUGGGGAUGCACUGGAAGAUGAGUAUGAGAAUGGGGAAGAAGGUGAGGAAGAGGACGAUGAUGAAGAGGAAGAUGAUUUGGAUGAAGAAGUCAUUGACGAUGAAGAAGAUGAAGAUGAUGACCUGGAAGGUGAAGAGGAGGAGGAUGGAGUAGAUGAUGAGGAGGAAGAUGAGGAGGAAGAUGGUGAGGAGGAUGAAGAGGAUGAAGCUGAAGAUGACCAUCCGUGUGGGCAGAAGAGAAAACGAAGUCUAGAGGAUGAAGGAGAGGAAGACCCAGAGGACGAAGAGGACGAUGAGGAUGACUGAGCCCAGCGAGCCAAUCAGUUUUACAGACUCUGACUGUGCUUGUCUUAAACCUCCCCGUUGUGUCUAUGUGAGACUGUAAAUCCCCACCAUCUCCCACUCCUCCUCCUCCCCCCUUUGUAUGGCUGCAGCGUCCACAAUAUAUUUUUUUAAGAUUUAGAAUACUGUAGGCAUUCAGGGGAAUCUUCCAUACAAGGCUCACUUUUUCUCACAAGUUAUCUCAUGACCAAAGGCUUUUCUCCGUUCGGUGGUUUGUGCAGCAGCUUGCAAAAAAAAAAAAAAA